UUUCUGCUGGCUUGAAGUCGCUUGCGCUGAGCCUGUUGAAUGUGUUCCGAGGAAGCGGCGUGAGACUACAUUUCCCGUCAAGCCUCGCGUCAGGUGCAGGAAGCACGUCUGCAGGGAGACUCGCUGAUCCGAGUUUGGAGCUCACGGCUUCCAGCUUUGGCCCAUCAUGUUAUAAGUGCCGUGGAGCUCCUCCGCUGGCCGUGCAAUUGCACCAGAAAUCCCUGCUUUGCAGCCCGCUUUGCAGGUUGUGCAUUUCUACUUUCGCUUUCUGCACGGGAGUCUGCAACUAGAAGUCGAAAAAAGUCCGAGUGCAUGAAGAUCAGAGGCUGAAUUCUGCAUCUUUGCUGCAAGUCCUGCUUCUGAAGCUCCAAAGAGAGAGAGAGGGGGAGAGAGAGAGAGAGGGAAAGGGAGAGGGAGAAGGCAAAGUCUUUUGUGCUCCCCCACCCCCACUUCCCCGCCCCCUCACCCCGACCGACCCUAUUGCAGGGGAAAUGUCUCUAUCAAAGGGAGGUAAAAAGAAAAAUCCAGGACUCAAGCUUUCCAAGGAAGUCUUUGAACAGCCUGCUGUCCCUGCAACACCGCCGAGGGAUUUGGAUUCUAAGGCCUGUGUGACCAUUGGCGAUAAGAAUUUUGAAGUGAAAGCAGAUGACCUGGAACAGAUCAGUGAGCUGGGCCGAGGGGCCUACGGUGUCGUGGACAAGAUGCGGCACAUGCCCAGUGGUCUGAUAAUGGCUGUGAAGAGGAUCAGAGCAACUGUGAACAGCCAGGAGCAGAAGCGGCUUCUGACGGAUCUGGACAUUUCUAUGAGGACAGUGGACUGCUUGUUUACCGUCACUUUCUACGGAGCGCUUUUCAGAGAGGGAGAUGUUUGGAUUUGCAUGGAGCUUAUGGACACAUCGCUGGAUAAAUUUUAUAAGCAAGUGAUCGAGAAAGGGAUGACGAUUCCUGAAGAUAUUCUUGGAAAAAUCACUGUGUCUAUAGUAAAAGCGCUGGAACAUCUACACAGCAGACUGCAAGUAAUCCACAGAGAUGUGAAGCCUUCCAAUGUGCUGAUUAAUACUCUUGGACAAGUCAAGAUGUGUGACUUUGGAAUCAGCGGCUACCUGGUGGAUUCUGUGGCUAAAACCAUGGACGCUGGCUGCAAGCCUUACAUGGCUCCUGAGAGGAUAAAUCCUGAGCUGAACCAAAGAGGCUAUAACGUCAAGUCUGACAUCUGGAGUCUAGGAAUCACCAUGAUCGAGCUGGCCAUCCUGCGCUUCCCUUAUGAUUCCUGGGGCACACCAUUCCAGCAGCUGAAGCAGGUUGUGGAGGAGCCUUCACCUCAGCUCCCUGCGGACCGAUUCUCCCGAGAGUUUGUUGACUUCACUUCCCAGUGUUUAAAGAAGAAUUCCAUGGAGAGGCCCACCUAUCCUGAACUUAUGCAACAUCAGUUUUUCACCCUUCAUGAUUCCAAAGAGACCGAUGUGGCCAGUUUUGUAAAAAUUAUCUUGGGGGAAUGAAUUCCCGCGGACCAGUCCAACGAGUCGAGCUUGUACUGCUGCACAAACGCACCAACUGCAAUCUGGAAAGUCUGAGAGGACAAAAACAGCAAGAAAACACACACACAAGAUAAAAAUGAAAGAAGUGUGAUCCCGCAAAAUUCAUGUUAACGUGCCGUAAGGGUUAUGGGUGAGGGAGGGCGGUGACGACGGAGGAAGGGGUGACCGCCACACUUAGACAUCCGCAAACUGAGAACUCGCAAAUCAGAAACCUGCUCGUCCGUUCAAGGCCCCCCCCGUACAGCCGCCAGGGUGCUGCAGAGUGAGUUAUGAAGUUUUGUGUAGACACUUGGUUUUUCUUUUCUUUUUGUUUUUUUUUUAUUUUUAUUUAUAGUGAAUGCUUAAAUUAAUAAUGUUUAAAAAAAUAAUAAUAAUUUUGUGUGAUUUCCAAAAAUAAAUAUUUUAAUAAAAUACUA